AUACAAACCAAAUCAGUAGCUGGCGAUGAGUCAUCAACAAUCAAUUUCCUUCUUCAAUUGGGAAAUUUUGCACUACAAACAACAAACGGAUGUUAGCUCCUCUGAAUUGCCAACCUUCGCCUCAACUAUCGACCAUGCCGAAUUCCCAAUCCCAACCUGCUUCCCGCCAUGUCGCGGUUAUCGGAGCCGGCGCCGGCGGCAUUGUCGUUGCCCGUGAGCUCAGCCGCGAGGGCCACCGUGUGGUCGUCUUCGAACGGAACAGUCAAAUUGGAGGGACCUGGGUGUAUUCUCCGGAAAUUGAAUCCGAUCCACUUGGAGUCAACCCUGGUCGGACCCGAAUCCAUAGCAGCCUUUACAAAUCUCUACGCACCAAUCUCCCUAGAGAACUCAUGGGCGUUCGGGAUUACCCGUUUGUGCCACGAGAAGGGGAAGAUCGAGAUCCGAGGCGAUUUCCAGGUCAUCGAGAGGUUUUGAAGUAUUUGGAAGAUUUCGCUAAUGAAUUUGGGAUCUGUGAAUUAGUGAGAUUUCGAACUGAGGUGGUUUUUGUUGGUUUGGAGCUUGGAAAAUGGAGGAUUCGAUUUCGAUGUGAAAAUGGGGCUGUUCAUGAAGAAACUUUUGAUGCUGUAGUUGUUUGUGUUGGGAAUUUUUCGCUGCCUCGAGUGGCAGAGAUUCCUGGUAUUGAUGAAUGGCCUGGUGAGCAGAUACAUAGUCACAAUUAUCGCAGUCCCGAACCAUUUCGGGGUAAGGUUGUUGUCGUGAUAGGUUAUUCUUCAAGUGGUACGGACAUUUCUCAGGAGCUCAUUGGGGUUGCCAAAGAAAUUCAUAUUGCUUGUAAAUCAGCUAAAACAGAGCUUUUGGACACACAAUCAAGUAUUAAUAGCGUGUCAUUGCAUCCAAUGAUCGAAAGUGUCCAUAAAGAUGGGAGAGUGGUCUUUCAAGACGGGUGCAUCGUUUCGGUGGAUGUUAUUCUGCACUGCACUGGGUACAAGUAUGAUUACCCUUUCCUUGAAACCAAUGGCAUUGUUACUGUGAACGAGAACCGUGUAGGACCUCUAUACAAGCAUGUCUUCCCCCCAGCGUUGGCCCCGGGGCUUUCCUUUGUUGGGUUACCAUUUAAGGCUGUUCCAUUGCCCUUGUUUGAGCUUCAAGGCAAUUGGGUUGCUGGUGUUUUAUCAAACAGGAUUGCACUUCCAUCAAAAGAGGAGAUGUUGGCCGAUGUUAGAGCUUUCUACGCAGCUCUUGAAGCCUCUGGCAAGCCCAAGCAUCUGACCCACGAAUUGGGUGAUUCUUUGCCUGCCUACAUGAACUGGCUUGCAGCAACUUGUGGUCGUCCUGCCUAUGAAGAAUGGAGAAAAGAAAUGUACAUUGCUACUAACAUUAAUAGACUGGCCAAUCUCGAGUCCUUCCGUGAUGUUUGGCACGACGACGAGUUGAGUCGUCAAGCUUAUGAGGAAUUUAGUAAGUUUACUACAAAUGAAAGAAGUCAAAACAACUCACAUAUGAAUGUUUGAUAAGAUUGGUUGUGUUAGUGUGCAUUACAUCUAUUUAUGUGCUAUUGAUUCUUCCUCCUGGUUGGAUCUUGCCUUCAAAAUAAAAAAGACAAUAAUAUCAGCUUAUAACACAGCAUAUUAGAGCAUUGAAUUGGA